AUGCUACUGCUACAAUUCUUUUUGCUAUGGCUUCUAGCCUUUCUCUGCUACACUUCUAUGCCCUCUAUGUUCUCUUCCAAGACCUGGAAGAUGCUCAGAUCUGGAAAUACUGGUGUUAGCUCUGAACUUGGUCACUUUUGGCCAUGUACUCUGCUAAUCUUUCUAUAUUCUAGAUCAACAAACUACCUGUUCUCUGGCUACUCUAAGCCCAGAAGCUUGAUCAUAUGCAACUUAGGACUGAGCAAUCUCUUAGAUAUUCUAGACUGGGAUCAAGGGAGUUUUUCCAACUACCUUUAUCCCAGUAUGAAUCUGAGGACUUGUCCUUGGAUUUCUAUGAUAGAGAUUGAUUUCAACCCAAGCCCAUUGGCACUGUUAAUAGAGAUUGAUAUCAAUCCAAGCCUGUUGGCACCCAACCAUUUGGUUGAUCCCCUUCCAUUCAACAUGGUUGAGGAGAUGAUAUGUGAUACACAUGCCCUUCCAUCUAUGGUUGGCAAAUUGAGAAACAACAGAGAUGCCCUUCCAUUUAUGGUUGAGGAGACAGGCCAAGUGGCUUACUCAAAUAUGAGAGUUGAUAAGAUGUAUAAGCAUACAUCAGGGGUAUCACCCUUGUUAUAUUGGAAUGCACAAAGCUCAUGGUCAGAAACUUUGAACUUGAAAAAUGGUGGCUUUUCUACCUGUCUUGAACUUAGCCCUGAGCUAUAUUAUUUGAUAUUAUUUCUCAAAGAGAUUUACCCUCAGUAA